AUGCUCCACAUAUUAUUUAUACUUGCAAUAAGUUCAUAUUCAUAGAUCUUGUAUUCAGAAAGUUUUACAGGCAAUUCAUUUACAACUUCGGAAGGUAUUGAAUUAAUUAAUAGAAGAAUGGGUGAUUAGUGGAGAAAAUUUAAUAUAUAGUGAUUGUGGUUCAGUACGACUUUUUGGUGGAUAUGAUGCAUUCGCUCGUCACACAUCAGCUACGAAGUUAUUUUAAUUACCACCUCAUCAUACUGUUUUAAUUACUUUAGAAUUUUGGAAGUAAGCAGUUGAUUUAAUAACUUUAGAAUAGACUCUUGGGAUAACGAGAAAUUUUUCAUUUAUUUAGAUUAAAUUUUAGGGUUCUAGGAUAUUUAUGGCCAUGAAGGUAAUAGCAAUUGUGGAUAAGCAUCUGGAGAAGCUAUUGUGCAAAUAAAUAUUAAUUAACCCCAUAAUUUUUAAUCUCUUUUUAUUUUAAUGACAUCGAAUUUAGACUAAAACCCUAGCGAUGUAUUCUAACUUUUAUAUAUUUAGGAAUCAUGGGGAAUAAGGAAUUUCUAAUUAUAUAUAUAUCCAUGUCCUUCUGGUUGCUAAACAUGUGUUUCAACAGAUUUGAGAGAAGAUUGCAUAAUUUGGAAUAGCAUUGAAUAAAGCCUUUUGGGCGUUGAUUUCAAUACCUUUAACUUGGAUGGAUGGACAAUAGAUUAAGGAUAUAAACUUACUANAUAUAUAUGGAUAAAUGUAUUUUUUUAUAGCUAUUUUUAACAAAAUACUAACCAGAAUUUCUGA